CCGCUACGUCUACCUCGCGCUCCACCACGCCCCGAAAAGCCCCACAACACAAACCCUAGCGCCCGCAAUGUCGAAGCCCCAGGCCGCCGACCUCGAGGCCGCAGCAGGCGUCACCGCCGCGGCGGCGGAGAAUGCGAAGGCUGGCGAGGCCCCCUCGGCGGAGGCGAAGCCGAAGAAGAUGGUGGCGGAGGAGGAGGACCCGCGCCUGCGCUGGGCGUUCGUGCGGAAGGUCUACGCCAUCCUGGCCCUCCAGUUCGCGCUGACGGCGGCCAUCGCCGCCGCCGCCUGCUUCGUGCGCGCCGUCCCGCGCUUCUUCGUGUACGGGCCCCCCGCCGCCGUCUGGCCCGUCUACAUCGUCAUCCUCAUCGCCCCCCUCAUCGUGAUGUGGCCGAUGUUCAAGUACAGGGAGAAGCACCCGGUGAACCUGUAUCUGCUGGGCCUCUUCACGCUCUGCUGCAGCCUCAGUCUCGCCGUCGCCGCCUCCACCACCGCCGGUACAGUGGUUCUGCAAGCUGCAAUCCAAACAGCAGCUGUUGUCAUUGGCCUUACACUUUUCACAUUCUGGGCCGUCAAGAAGGGCUACGAAUUCACCUUCAUGUUCCCCUUCCUCUUCGCCUGCCUCCUCACGCUGCUGGUGUACAUCACCAUACAGAUCUUCUUUCCACUGGGAAUGGUCGGCAUGACCAUCUACGGAUGCAUCGCCACAUUGGUGUUCUCUUGCUUCAUCAUCUACGACACCAACAUGCUGCUCAAGCGCCACACCUACAACGAAUACGUCGUCGCCGCCAUCUCGCUGUACCUGGACGUCAUCAACCUCUUCAUGGCCCAGCUCUCAUUCUCCGUCCGGUGAUUGCCGGCCUCACUAACCUCACCCCCGCUACAUGGUGGAUCACGUAGCUGAACAUAUCUAGUUGCCUCACAUUACCUAGUAGCCUACAGUCUAUAGAGCUGGAGACCCUGGAUCUGUAAGUAGUCAACUCUGGCUAGCUAAAAUACAUAUCGAUGCCCUGGUAGGCCGAUAGUUAUACAUAAUCUUGAAACUUGAGAUAUCUCGCAGUCUGUGAAUCUGCGCCGGGUACGUAGUUCUAAUUGUUAGACCUCUGCAUCUGAAACCUUAAUGGAGAGAUGUUAUAUACUCGCUAAUCGCUUGUUCUCACAAUGCUGUAGCUGCUGUUUUGUUUGUUUUGCUGAAUGUGGUUACUCUCGCAUCUUGCCAAUCAGUCUGGUCAUCGCUGUGCAGAUGGCUGCUGCUUGUGUUCUGUUUCUCUGGUGGUCAGAUCUGCCGGGCAGUAGGAUUGAUCUGGUUU